AUGCAGUCGCUCACACCCAGUUUGCCCAUCAAAGCACAUGAGCGGGAAGCUCCGUUUCAGCAGGCCGACUCUGUGGUUGGGUUCGAGUUCUGGAAGCAGCUGUGCGCCGAGCAUGGCAUCAGCCCCGAGGGCAUCGUGGAGGAGUUCGCCACCGAGGGCACGGACCGCAAGGACGUCUUCUUCUACCAGGCAGAUGAUGAACAUUACAUCCCUCGGGCUGUGCUUCUGGACCUCGAGCCCCGAGUGAUCCACUCCAUCCUGAACUCCCCUUAUGCGAACCUGUACAAUCCUGAAAACAUCUACCUGUCUGAGCAUGGGGGCGGGGCCGGAAACAACUGGGCCAGCGGCUUCUCCCAGGGUGAAAAAAUCCACGAAGAUAUCUUUGACAUAAUUGAUAGAGAGGCUGAUGGGAGUGACAGUUUAGAGGGCUUUGUGCUGUGUCACUCCAUUGCUGGCGGAACAGGCUCUGGGUUAGGCUCCUAUCUGCUUGAGAGAUUGAAUGACAGAUAUCCCAAGAAGCUGGUGGAGACCUAUUCAGUUUUCCCAAACCAGGAUGAAAUGAGCGAUGUCGUCGUCCAGCCAUACAACUCCUUGCUGACUCUCAAGCGGCUGACCCAGAAUGCUGACUGUGUGGUGGUUCUGGACAACACUGCUCUGAAUCGGAUUGCCACAGACCGGCUGCACAUUCAGAACCCAUCCUUCUCCCAGAUCAACCAGCUGGUCUCUACCAUCAUGUCAGCGAGCACAACAACACUUAGGUAUCCUGGUUACAUGAACAAUGAUUUGAUUGGCCUCAUCGCCUCUCUGAUCCCCACCCCCAGACUGCACUUUCUCAUGACUGGCUACACACCACUCACUACAGACCAGUCGGUGGCCAGUGUGCGGAAGACCACAGUCCUGGAUGUGAUGAGAAGAUUGUUACAGCCUAAAAACGUCAUGGUCUCCACUGGGCGAGACAGACAGACCAACCACUGCUACAUUGCCAUCCUUAAUAUCAUCCAAGGAGAGGUGGACCCAACACAGGUUCACAAGAGCCUGCAGAGGAUCCGUGAGAGGAAGCUGGCCAACUUUAUCCCCUGGGGGCCUGCCAGCAUCCAGGUGGCACUCUCCAGAAAGUCUCCUUACCUGCCAUCUGCACACCGGGUCAGCGGUCUGAUGAUGGCAAACCACACCAGCAUCUCCUCGCUGUUCGAGCGGACGUGCCGGCAGUAUGACAAGCUGCGCAAGAGGGAGGCCUUCCUGGAGCAGUUCCGCAAGGAGGACAUCUUCAAGGACAACUUUGACGAGCUGGACAACUCCCGUGAGAUUGUGCAGCAGCUAGUCGAUGAGUACCAUGCAGCCACACGGCCUGACUAUAUCUCCUGGGGCACGCAGGAGCAGUGA